GGGAGUGGGGCCAGGAAGGGGGGGGCGCGCAGAGAGGCCUGUCUGCUCUCUCUCUCUCGCUGCCCUUCCCGGACUUUGCCCCCCCCGGGCAGGCAGGUCUUCCCUGUGGGCACCGAGCGGGGCAAAGGGGCAAAGGGGGCAAAAGGCAGAGCCAUGCUGGCCUGGGCGGCGAGGACGAUGGCGAGGCCAUCGGGGAUGCUGAAGCCGGUGGCGCUGAGGAAGCUGACGGGCAGGUACCUGGCCCACCAGCAGGAACUGCCCGCUCUCCCCGUCCCACCUCUCCAGCAGACCCUGGAUCACUAUCUUUUGGCCCUGCAGCCCAUCAUCAGCGAGGAGGAGCUGAGCCACACCAGGGCGCUGGUGGAAGAGUUUCGGAAGCCGGGCGGCGUCGGGGAACGGCUGCAGAAAGGCUUGGAGAGGAGAGCCCGGAAGCAGGAGAACUGGCUCUCAGACUGGUGGCUGAAGACUGCGUACCUGGAGUAUCGCCUGCCCGUGGUGGUGCAUUCUAGCCCGGGGGUCGUCUUGCCCAAACAGGACUUCCAAGAUCGACAAGGGCAGCUGAGAUUUGCAGCGAAGCUGAUCGAAGGCGCUUUGGACUUCAAGACCAUGAUCGACAAUGAGACGCUUCCGGUGGAAUAUCUCGGCGGAAAACCCCUCUGCAUGAACCAGUACUACCAAAUUCUCUCCUCCUGCCGCAUUCCGGGCCCCAAACGAGAUUCCGUUGUGAAUUACGCCAGAGGAAAGAAGCCUCCGACGCACAUCACAGUGGUCCACAAUUUCCAGUUUUUUGAACUGGACGUUUACGCCAGCGAUGGGACCCCGUUGACCACGGAUCAGAUUUUUAUCCAGCUGGAGAAGAUCUGGAACACCUCGCUUCAAACCAACAAGGAGCCCAUCGGCAUCUUGACCACCAACCAUCGCAACAGCUGGGCCCACGCCUAUAACAACCUCAUCAAAGACAAAACCAACAAGGAGUCUGUGCGUUCAAUCGAAAAGAGCAUCUUCACUGUCUGCCUGGAUGCCCCGAUCCCUCGGGUCUCCGAUGACAUCUACCGGAGCCGGGUGGCGGCCCAGAUGUUGCACGGCGGAGGAAGUCGAUGGAACAGCGGAAAUCGGUGGUUUGAUAAAACCCUACAGUUUAUAGUGGCCGAGGAUGGCUCCUGUGGGUUGGUGUACGAACAUGCGCCUGCGGAAGGCCCCCCCAUCGUCGCCCUUCUGGAUCAUGUGGUGGAAUACACAAAGAAACCGGAGCUUGUGAGGACCCCCAUGGUCCCUUUGCCCAUGCCGAAGAAACUGCGGUUCAACAUCACGCCGGAGAUCAAGGAUGACAUCGAGAAGGCGAAACGGAACUUGAAUAUCAUGGUGCAGGACUUAGACAUCUCGGCCAUCGUCUUCCACCACUUUGGAAAGAACUUCCCCAAGUCUCAGAAGAUCAGUCCGGACGCUUUUAUCCAGAUAGCUCUGCAGCUGGCAUAUUACAGGAUGUACAAGGAGGCCUGCGCUACUUACGAGAGCGCCUCGCUACGGAUGUUCAGACUGGGCCGGACAGACACGAUCCGCUCGGCUUCUGUGGAUUCCUUGAAGUUCACGAAGGCCAUGGAUGACACUGGCAAGCCGGACCCGGAGAAAGCCGAACUUCUGCGGAGAGCUACCCAAGCGCAUCGGGCCUACACCGACCUGGCAAUUACGGGAAACGCCAUUGACCGCCAUCUCCUGGGCCUGAAGCUGCAAGCCAUCCAGGACCUGGUGAGCAUGCCCGAGCUCUUCAUGGAUACCGCCUACGCCGUGGCCAUGCACUUCAACCUGUCCACGAGUCAGGUUCCGGCGAAGACCGACUGCGUCAUGUGCUUCGGUCCGGUCGUCCCGGACGGCUACGGCGUUUGCUACAACCCGAUGGCCGACCACAUCAAUUUCGCCAUCUCGGCCUUCAACAGCUGCGCCGAAACCAACGCCGCCCGGAUGGCUCACUACCUGCAGAAGGCGCUCCUGGACAUGCGGCAACUGCUCCAGGAAAAUCCGAAAUCUAAACUUUAAGGGGAAGUCCGAGGCGGAAGCAUUGUGGUUCCCUGCCACGUCCCUUCCGGGGCCCCGUUUUGGAAUCCUUUUCGACGGUUCGGCAACCAUCGGCAAGCACCUUAUCGUGGCCGGGAACGGAGAACCGUCGCCUCCGGAAUUCGGAAAGGGUCUCAGCGCUUUUCCCCAUCGUGGUGCCGAGGGAUACCCCACCACCGGAAGGAAACGAUCCGCUCUCGGCCGCUGGUCAGCAACGUCAGACGAGCAUCUUAUCGUAGCCCGGAAUAAGGAAGCGUUCUGUUUGCGUUUUUGCUGUGGAAGCCAGAAUUUUUAACAAUGUGUUUUUCCUCUUCCCACGGGCCGAUGCCAGAGGCAGGGGAGUUAGGAGGAGGAGGAGUUUAAAUGACAGUCGGACCCCUCCCUAUCCGCGGGAUCGGUGUCCCCGGGUUCACUUACUCGCCACUAAAAAUACUAAAUUAAAAAAAACCCAGGAAAACCUAUUUAUAUAUAUAUAUUUCCAGGGUAUAUUUGCCAGAAUUGGCCACUAGAGGAGGCCAAGGCGGUGCCAUGUGUAGCGUCCCAUAUUUCCACAUUUUCCAGCAUCCGCAGGGAUGCUUGGAGCCGAUCCCCAGCGGAUACUGUGGUCCGACUGUACUCUAAGCUUCCUCUAGGUUUUGCCAAAUCCUUACCUUUCCUGUCUUUCGCCUUCGGGCCGCUCGGCCCAACAGUUCUGGGCCCAUAUUGGCAUGCCUUGGGUUUCCCAUCAUUGCAUCGCUUGGCGUGGCUUCCAAGCCAAGGGCGUCCGCUUGUUCUUCGGCUCUCUUUUCGGCGCCCGCCUGGAUGGCAGAGUCCGUUUGCCUCCACCAUGCUCGGUCUCUGCACUCUUUCUACACCUCGAGGCGCCUUAGCUCCCUGCUGUAUCCCUCCAGUCUUUCCGGAUGUGUCUGGAAAGCUCUCGCUGGCCACCAGUCACUAGAAUUCUGUGGUUCAAGCUCUUCUGUGGUGGUUGUACAGAUGCUCACUGACGACAGCUAACGAUUGUUCAAGUCAAGCACUGUUGGCGUGAGUGGCUUGCGGUGUUUUUUUUUCUCUUCCUUUCGAUGGCCCUGCUGUGUGUUUAUAAUUUGGAAGCCCCCAUCUUGCCAACAGCCUUUGGUUUUUAUUUUAUUUCACGCUGGCAGCUUUCAUACUCCGGUAGGGUCCCCAUAUCUGCGGGAUUGGUAUCCGCUGAUCCACAUAUCUGCGGUCUGAAAAUAUUAAGAGAAACAUCCUAGAAAUAUAGAUUUCUAAAUAAGUUAACAGAAUUGGCCCCUAGAGGGAGACAAAGACAUGUAUAGCGUUCACUAUUAAAAUAAUGUUUGCCAUUAUCCACGUUUUCCAGCAUCCACAGGGGGCAGGGCUUGGUACCGAUCCCCUACGGAGAUACGGGUGUGUGUGUCCUACUGUAUUGCCGAUGUAUCUGGUUUAACCAAAUCUCAUUAUUAACCUGCCCUCUGUUUUAAUUUCUAGUGCAGGGAGU